AUGGACUUGGUAGCAUCUUCUUCUUCUUCAUUUUUAUCUUCAUCUUCAAAUGUGUUUGGUAAUUUGCCGAGUGAAUUAAUAGAGGACAUCCUGAUUAAACUGCCAACAAAAGAUGUUUUCAGAACUAGCAUUGUUUCAAGAAAAUGGAUCAAUGCAUGGUCUACAAUGCCCAAAUUAGUUUUGGACAUGAGUAUGAUCAACAUUAAUCAUGAGUCCAUGUUUGUCGAGUUUGUUGAUAGAGCUCUCUCGAAAUGGAAUACUCUAUUACUUGACUUCGAACUCACAAUGAGAACAACAAUGACACUUUCAAGAGAAAGGCUGAUUCGAACAUGGGAACAAGAACAAAUAUAUACUGUCUCUUCACAUCUCUUCUCACACCAUAAACUGGUGUGCCUGAAGCUCAAUGGUUGCAUACUCACUCUGCCACAAAACUUCAAAGGUUUUGACAUGCUAAAAAGUCUCCAUCUGGAGCUUGUAAAAAUACCAAGUGAUAAACUUCAGAGUUUACUGUUAAGCUGCACACAGUUACAAGAACUAACAUUGAUCAAGUUGCAUCAUUGUUCUGAAAUUGAUAUCCGAAACACAAGAGUGAAGCAUUUAAAGAUUGUGGGGAAGUACAAACUUUUCAAUUUGGAGAACCAACACCUCAUUAGUGCAUCUAUCAAUCUGUGUUUUCGUUGGGAUGAAGCUGAUGAUAACCUUAAAAGUAUCUUUUUAUGUAAGAAUUUGAUGCAUUUGGAGAUUGGUGGAAGGCAUAGAUUUUCUCUACCUUCAUUAAUGGAUAUGAAGAAGUUGGAGACUGUUAUCUUCGGACACUCUUUUAUUCACUUAGAUUCUGUAAACAAUUUGGUUUCAGAAUGCCUUCACUUAAAGAAGUUGCAGAUAUUACCCACAGCACUACUUCCAUUUGGAAAUUGUCCUCAAUUGAAAGAUGCAGCCUUUGAUAUAACUUUUGCUUAUCAAAAGUUAGAUUUCGAAGAAGAAUAUCUUCGCUUAGCGCAUAACGAGCUAGAUUUGAAGGUAUUAGCAGAUUUGCAAACAUUGGUCAGUCUCCCUUCGACAUUCAAUCAUUUGAAGAAUCUCUCACUGCAUGUCUGGUUCGAGAAUUUAUUAAGCGAAUACAUUGCAUUUUUCUUCUUUGAAAGAGUCCCAGCUAUGAGUGAACUUGAAAUAAAG